UGACUCACACAGAGAUCGCGUGUUUGUCCAAAUUUAUAGUUUUAUAUCCUUUCUUGUUUACCCCGGAGAUAAGAUAAAAGACGUUGAUAAAGUUACGAGCUGGUCUCAAUUUUAAAACUCCUUGCUGAGACGCGAACGCGUGAAAUGGCAGCAUGGGUUUCCUCGAUAUCUUUGAGAAGAAAGACAGUAUCAAACAUCCGCGAGACCGAAAAAAACUGAAAGAGAAACAAAUUGCCUCCAAUAUUGACAGCCAGCCGAGGCAAUCGACAGGCAGUGCUCACGCCGAGAUAAGAAAAAAGAGCACCAGAAAGCCCGUCACGCAACGGGACCCGGGAAACACCAGGAACGAGAAUGUCACGCAAAGGAGUCGUCGAGGAAGCAUAGGAAUCGAUAGAAAACAACCUAAAUUUUUGACACGUCAAUCGUGGAUCGAUACCAAACCUUCACGGACUAGACCGAGCAGUGCCGUUUCGCUUCAAAGAGGACAGAACAAAGAUGGCCAAAACCAUCCCGAUAAUCUGUCCAGGACCUCGUCCGUGACCAAUUUGGAUUCGUUGGAAGUGCAGCAGCAGCAGCAGCAGCAAGGCGCCGUCAAACUGCCCAAACCCAAAAAGAGUGGCUCCAAGGAACGAAUAGAUAAGGCCAGUAACGAUGGAAAGGGGCGCAACGACGGUAGAAAAGGCAUUCACAAAAUCAACAACAACAAAUUAGAUCCUACACCGUCCGUCGGGGUCCCGCCUGUCGAUUCCAGUCGGCAGGGCAACUCCAAUUCUUCGGAUUCGUUACAAGAGAUCGAACUGCAUCAGUUGCGUAGGCAACUGAAAGACAUGGCCGACGAGAAGACGUCACUGGCGUUGCAGUUGGGCGAGCAGAGGGGCCAACUGAACGUACUACAGAAGGAAAACCUCAAACUCCUGGCACGUAACUCUAGUACGAAAAUGGAAAAACUGGCCGAGGAGAAUACGGCUUUGAGGAAUCGACUUAGGGACGUGACUCAUUCGCCGCUUAGUGACAACGAGAAACAGCAAUUGCUCUACGAAUCUCACAGACACCACAGCAGUGCCCCGGCUUCAAUAGCUACCAACUUGCUAGAUGAUAAUGGAGGAGGCGCAAGCGCGUGCACCACUCCGGACUGGGAUAAGCAUUCCAGCGGCAAUAUCAGCGAGGUGUCCGUCGCUUGUCUCCAAGACAAGAUCAAUCAGAUGCAAGAAACUCACUACAGCACCAACGAGGAGCUGCAGGCGACGCUGCAGGAGUUGACCGAUCUGCAACGGCAACUCACCGAGUUGCAGCAGGAAAACGAGAGACUGAACGAGGAGAAAAGCCUAAUGUUCGACAGUUUGUGUCGGCAGACGGAAAGACUGAACGAUUCGCGACAAGAGGUGGAGAACCUGAAACAGCUUAUUUAUAGAGACCGAUCCGAAGAGAUGGGCGUCGAUCACUUCGAAUCGGUAGCCGAGAGGGAACAAAAACUGGUCGAGAUGCUGCAAACGACCCAAGAGGAGAGGGAGACCUUGCUUUUGAAGCUGGGGCAAAUACAGACGGAACUGCACGAAACCAGAGCCGUAACGGUUGAAAAAAGCGACACGAUCGCGCAGCUAACCGAGCGGGUGAAAACGCUGGAAUGUUCGUUGGACGCGAAGAACGCCGAACACAAGCAACUCGACCAAGAGCUGACCCGGGCGAAAGAUCAAUGUUCGGGCAAGCUGAUCGAGAUUAAUAGGUUGAGCGAUUUGCUCGAAAACGCCAGGACCAAGAUAAACGAACUGGAACAAGAUAGAGCAUUGAGCGACAAGAGCGAGUUGGACGAGUUGCUGGACAACGCGAGGAAAGAGAAGGACCAGCUGGAGUCGGAGGUGGCCUAUCUGAAGGAGCAGCUGGCGCGAAGCAAGAACGAAAUCGACAAGCUCAGGGAGCAAGUGAUGGUAUUGCAGGAAGAAUGCAAGGUUACCAGGAACAACGCGAAAACGACACGGUCCGAUUUGGAAUACAAAUGCGAGAAGUUGGCCCACGAGAAGAACAGUUUGGUUGAACAGCUGCAGCAAUUUCAGGAGGCGAUUAACGAGUUGCAGGUCCAGAGUCAGUGUCAUUUAGAAGACAAGAGGCAACUCUCGGCGGUACUGUCAGAGACGCAGAGGAAUUUGAGUGAGGCAGAGAGACGCGGUUUAAAUUUGGAAAAUGAAAUCGACGAGUUGAAAAAGUUGAGAUCCGAGGAGAACGACGAAUGGGAAAAGUUCCAAAACGAUCUGCUCACGUCGGUCCGCGUGGCGAACGAUUUUAAAACCGAAGCCCAACAAGAGCUGCAGAAAAUCAUAUUGGAGAACAAGACCUACAGGGAGAGAGUCAGACUGUUGGAGAACCAAGUGGAAAAGUUCAAGUGUGCGUAUACGACGACCGCGUGCCAAACUGAAUGCAUACUGACGCCUCAGUUGCUGUCGUACGCCAAAAACUCGGAAUUUCCUCGUCCGCCGGACACGAUGGACAAACUUUUUUCCGUAUCGGGCAGGGAAAGGCGCGGCAAAGUAAAUUCCGCGGGCGUCAAGGCUCGGAAGAGUAAAGAGAGCGUCGAAUCGGAAAGUCUGUUUUCGCGGUUCGCGAAAAGGCGCGAAAAGAAACCGAAUCCGAUCGGUCGCAGGUUCAUGUCCGUCGAGGAAGAGAUGUUGCUCAAAUCUCUGGACGAUUGGUACGCGAAUAUCGAUAGCGCCGUGCCCGACGAGCGUUUAUCGAAGGAAGAUCGAGCGGUGAAGCGACUCAAAGCUUUGUACGAGGACGAUUCCCUCAGGAACAAGCCCGUCGCGAAGAAACCCAAAGAACAGCUGGCCAUAAGCAAGCCGCUGCUCGAUUCGGUGGUGCGCGACCCCACGCUGGGCGUGAUCGUCAGAAAUCCCAGGGUCAGAAGCAUCGAGCAGACCCCGAGGGUGAGCGCGUUGGAGGAUUCUCGAAUCGUAGCCACCGACAGCGAAAUCGAUGGUAAACCGAGACGACCCAGGUUAAAAAGCGAAGAGACGGUCUCAAAAACGGAGCAGCAUUUUCACAAGAGCAGAAGCUUGGACGAUUUGAAGUUGUUUGAAGAAAACGCGCUUUUCAGAAGCGCGGAGACGGAAAAUUUGGCCGACCCGGCGGACGUGCAGCCCUACGAUUCGGUGUCCAAUGCGAGAGGCUCGACCGGCACGCUGCCGAAACCGAAAAUCGACAUAAACUUUGAAAAUUUGGACGAGAUAAUCGCGACGAUCCCGAAGGACGCUUCCGAAAUGAGCGAGGAGCAAAAAUUCGCGCUGAAACUGAAGACCGCGUUGAACGACGCCGAGCGGAAAACCACCCUGAAAAAGAAGCGGGUGACCAAUGUGGAAAUCAGCGAACCGACGAGGGAAUCGGUCGAGAAGAACCGGAAAUUGAAGGCGAUCAUGAUGGACCCUAGAAUACCGGCGGCGAGCGAUAAGGUUCGAAGGCACAGCACGGACGCGAAACACGCGCAAAGGAUCGACGGAAGGAAAACGACGUCCGCCAGCAAGUCCUGCGAAGACAUUUCGUUUUCUUUCGUUCCGAAUAAAAUUCCGUGCGACGAGGAUCUGUUGUAUAACGAAACUUUAAACAAAAAAGUGGGUUCCAAAAUAACUAUAGCCGGAUCGGACGAGGAAGAGAAAGAUCCGAGGAUUUUGGAGACGCGGGAAAAGUACCAAAAAGAUUUGAAGGUGAUGCUGAAAACGAUCCGCGACGAAGAGCAGAGAAAGAGAGCUUUGCAACCAUCGUACGCCAUUUCCACGGAAGAAAUACCGUACCAAAAUGUUACUCUGGAUAGUGUUCAGUCGGAUACGCAAAAGUUUUUGCUCGAGGAUGCUUCCGACGUACCUAAUUUACAAUCGCAGCCUGAUACCGACGGUGAUAUUAGACCUCCUCCGAAAGAUCAGGAUGAAUUUCGAUUGGUAUUAGGUUCCGGAGAGGCAGGGUUCCUAGAUGCAGCGAAUGAACUGGUAAAAUUAAAGAAUUCGGUUGGAUUUAUGGAGGAAAAUGUCGAACGCGAUGACGGAGGAAUCGGAAAUUCGUUUGGAUCGCGACACUGGACUUUGUAUCAAGCAACGUCGACUAAUACUUCUGCUGCAGAUAUUGCAUUGCAAAAGGGAGAUCAACGUGGCUUGGACCUCGCAUCCGUUUACAAAAAUGAAGUGGAGAACAACGGGGAACGAACACGGAUCGUUCCGAAUGACUUCAUCCGUGAAUCCAACAUUUCAUUUUACGUAGAAGAUGAAAAUAACUUGGCGAAGAGACACGCUGAAACGUCUUGCAACGAAGAUCUAUUGUAUAACGAGACCUUAAACAAAAAAGUCAGGAUCCGAGACGGGGAACGUUUCUGCGCAGAGCCUCAGAGCCUUGCCAACCUUACAAUAACUUCUGGAAAUGGUAAAAGAGACGUAACGGAAUCGAAUAUGUUGAAUUCGCUCGACGGUCAGCAAAAUAAUAUUUCAAUGAUCUCCGGGCAGUCCCGCAACGAAAUUUAUUGUGACUCGUCCGAGGCUUCUGAGCAGACAAAUGAAACACUUCCUCCGUUCAGAAGUUUAGAAGCUUCGUAUACGCUUCAGCUUGCAACAUCUAAUUUACAACGUCAUUCGAAGGAAAAUUUCUCCAAACAGGAUGAUGAAACGAUGAACGAGCUAGUAAAACCUGAGAAUGCUGUUGGGUUUAUGGAGGGAAGUGUCGAACGCGAUAACGGUGGAAUCGGAAAUUCGUUUGGAUCGCGACAUAAGACUUUGUAUGAUGAAGUUCAGCUUUCAGUCGCGGAAAAUAUCAAGUUUCCUCAAGCAACUCCGACCAAUAUUCCUGCUGCAUUGGGGUCGCCUUUGAAUCUUGACGAAAACGACGUGGAGAACGGCAAAUCUGGCACAAUCGGUACACAAAGUCCGGAACCGACCGAUAGAAGGAAAACCCCAACUACCAAGUCCUACGAGGAUAUAACGUUUUCUUUCGUUCCGAAUUAUUCCAUCCAUGAAUCCGACGUUUCAUUUUAUGUAGAAGAUGAAAACAAUUUGGCAAAGAGCACCGCUGAAACGUCUUGCAAGGAAGAUCUAUUGCAUAACGAGACGUAUAACAAAAAAUUAAAUGUUCGAGACGAAGAAAGUUUCCGUGUAAAGCCUCAGAGCCUGGGUAACUUUCCAAUAGUGUCCGAAAGUCAUAACGAAGACGUAUUGAAAUCGAAUAUUUUGAGUUCGCUCGACGGUCACCAUAAUAGCAUUUCGAUCAUCUCGAAGCAGUCACGCGACGAAAUUUAUUCUGACGCUUCUGACCCGCCAAAUAAAACACUUUCUGCGUUGAGAAGUUUAGAAGCUUCGAAUUCGUUCCAGCUUGCAACAUCUAAUUUUCAACCUCGUUCGAAUGAAAGAUUCUCUGAAGUGGACGUGGAUGGUUCUACAUUCGUCGUAGCUCAACAGAAUGAUGAUAAUAACGAUGCAAUGAAUGAGCUAGUAAAAUCUGAGAAUACCGUUCAAUUUAUGGAAGCAAGUGUCGAACAUGAUGUCGGCGCAUUGAUGCAUGAUGAAAGUGCGCAUUCAAUUGCGGAAAACAUCAAUACUCCUGUAGAUAUUGCGUAUACUUACGAAGACAUUGAAAAAGAAAAUCAAUACGGCGUGGUGUCGCCUUUGGACCUUAGAUUCGUUUACAAAAACGUCGUAACGGAGAUUAAGAAGAAAUUCCCGUCAGGUGAGUCAGAAGUGCGGCAAACGGACGAUGAGAAAUUAGACGGCGAUUUUAAGCGCCCCGGGAUAUCGCAAAUCGAUCGCGAAAUGGAAGAAAUAUUAGAAAAGUACUUGCACACGAGAGCGUCGCUUAUUGUCAAAACAACAGGGACUUACGAUCCCGAUAACAUCAAAGAUAUAGAAUUGAAGACAAGAGAAAUGAGCCAAAAAUAUAUUCAGGAAAAGGACGAAGGGUACUCUAACGUAUCGGUAGCGGUCGCGGCUGAAACAGCGAAGGAUGACAAAUUGAUGCACCUCACGGACGAGGAAUUGGCGCUAAUAAGGUCCGUCCAAGAAGACCGAUAUUCCAGGCCAUUGUCAGACUUUAACGAGGAAGAUUUGUUGUUGAUCGAUGAAAUUUCAAAGAGAUACCCCAGCAGCAGGAAUUCUGUCGAGUACAGUAGUAGCAGUAAUGCGAGUUGCGUGAAAGAUAUCGCUUUAACCGAUUGCGCCGAUUGUCCUAGUGCACCAUCGUCGUCAUCAAUUGAAGCAGUUACGGUUGACGAAACUAACGAUUCUUCAAUGCGAAGCGCCAGGGAAGGUAAAGAUCACUCCGAUGGCAGAGGAAAAGAUGAGGAAAAGUCUCUUCGUUCUCAGGAUAUAAACGAGAUUCGAAGUGAUAUCGAUGAUACCAAGAGUCCGUUAAUAGGGAAUAAAGUGAAUUUACCGCCACAGCCUGAAGCUAACGUCCACGUUCCGGCAUCGGAAGAACCCGUAGUCGCGAAAGUUUUGCCUAGAUCUCUAAUACCAAGACCGACGCAUAGGGAGAAGUUCGAAACCAAAAGUUUAGAUGACGGUUUAAACUACGAGCCGGUAUACGCGAACGCGAUGCCUUUUUCCGAGAAAUCAGCGGGCGGAAUUCGGACGAGUCGGGAUAAAACGGGAAAACGGCCGUUGCCGCCGCCUAGGCGCUCGUUCCAAUCGAAACGUAACGAUCGCGAAAUUUUACCGAAAAACGUCAACAUUUGGCACGAAACCGUCAGCGUUGUCAAAAUGACGGACGCCGAUCGAAAUUUCAGUGACGAGGUCCGAGAAAACGCGGAAACGACGACGGAAAAGGGUCAAAUCUUUCGCGCCUCGGUCGUUUUCGUCAAAGACGACGUCAAAGACAUCUCGUCCGACGAAGCGUCCAGUUCAUCGGGCGUCACGCGGUCGGCCGAGUCCGUCGCGGUGCGCAGCAAAAUCGAGCGAAUCGACAUUACGCGCAGUAACGACGAAAUCGAGGAAGUUCCGCGGGCGAGCAGUUCGGCCAACCUGUCCGACAUCAACCUAUUCAAAAUGGAAGAAUCCGAAUCCGGUUGCGACUCGUAUUUGGAGUUAUUCAAGAGCAGGGAGCAAAAAAGGUUCGAGGACCUAAAAGGCAGAAAGAGUCCGAAGGAGAACGUGCUGGUGCUCGCCCGCUCGGAGGACGACGGGAACGAAGAGACGGAUGACGGGCCGAAGAUUGUAAACUUCGUCCCUUUAGACGACGAAACCCACCCGUAUUUCACCAACGAUUUAGUGAGUACUAGCAGCACGUUGGAACGGGAGAGGACCUACCACGUGUUAAACCGCGCCGCCAUGUUGUCCGAGCUGGACGAACAGGAACACGUGUCGUUGGAAGCUGGGAGCCGGAGCAGCUUUUCCCAAGCGAAGAAGUUAUUCGAGGCCCUCGCGGAAGCUAACAAAGAGGAGGGCAUCUCCAGGAGGUCUUCGAAAAGAUCUAUCGGACGUGCCACGAAAAUUGAGGAGGGCGCGUUAUCGCAGAUCGCCGACGAGGAGACGUGGUAACGCUGUCAAUAAAUUAAGUAUCGUCGAUGUAAAUGAAAUUUUAUUCGAUAUUGUUAAUAAAUGCGUAUUCACGGAAGCGUCUGUUUACUUUAGAGAACAUUCAUCCGCACCAUAAGUUGAUGAAUUGCCUAACUGCAAUUCAUCAACUUAUUAACUAUUUACACUGUUGACUUCUUCAGAGAGCGCAUUCUACUCUUUUACUGCGCAUAUACUAUUCGAGGAGGGCGGAGCCAAAAGAUUUUUAUCUUUUAUCGAAUGAUCAACAGCUAACCUAAUAUCAGAAAAUGUCAAAUUUGCGAAUUGAGUGCAUAAAAUUCUGAAAAUGUAAUGUCCGUAUAUUUCAAACGCAUGGCACGUCAUGUGAAAUAGUUCGAUUUUCUAACAGAUUUAUUCUUUGCGUGUCGGUUAAGACGUCUGACUAGAAAUCGAAUUCUGUAUGGCAGCGUAGGUUCGAAUCCUACUUACUGCAAACGACCAUUGUUUUGCUUUGAAUAUAUAUUUUUUUAAUUAGCAGCUCAGCGAAGAAAUUUUUGUCAAAUAUGGGGAAUGUGUGCAUACAUUUAUAACAAUAUAAUGCCCUUAUAUUUCAAAUGCAUGGCACAUCACCAGAAAUAGUUCGACUUUCAAACAAAUUUAGUCUUGGCCUGUCGGUUAAGACGUCUGACUAGAAAUCGGAUUCUCUAUAGCAGCAUAGUUUCGAAACCUACCUACUGCAAACGACCUUUGUUUUGCUUGAAAUAUAUAUUUUUUUAAUUAACAGCUCAGUCCAGAAAAUUUUGUCAAAUAUGGGACUUGAGUGCAUAAAUUUAUCAAAUAUGAUCAAAUUUCACACAACCUUAACAUUUCACAAAGGUUUCUAAAUAAUUUUACGGAUUUUAACUACUUUGAAAAAUAACUUUUAUAUAGUAAAAAAUAAGCUUCAAAUCUCUUUUCAAGAAGAGGCAAAGAAUAUUAUCAGUGAUGCUAAAUUGUUAAAACGGGUUUAAAAAUGAUAUUUUCGAUAUCUUUUUACAAUGUUUUUCUUUCCACAGUCAGUGUGGUAACCAUAGAACAAAAACUGAUUUAAUGCAGAAAGGACGUCAUAAUUCACAAAUAGUAGAUUGCUCAAAAACCAACAAACUCCAAGGGACCCUUCCAACCAAAUUCUCCAAAUAUUUGAUUUUGCAUUAUUUUUCAAAAUUUUUACUCUUAAAAAAUUUAAAUUCGUGUUCACAAGGCCCUAGAAAAAAAGAUAUUUUCUUAAAAACUGUUUACGCUUCCGAAACAAAUAUUGGACGAAAAGAUCCGCGAGAUUCAGUACUAUAAACUUUUAUUCUUGAUAAUUUUGGAAAAUGUGAGGGGUGUGCCCGGUAUUCGCAAAAAAAAACCUGAAAAUUAUG